GCCAAACUCCCCAUGAAUGCAAAUCCAACUUCUCCAAGUUUGUCCCCACUUAGGGAAAUAAGUCAAACAAACAUCACAAAAGCCAAUUCGUCCUAUGAUUCCUAUCCUAUCCAAUUUAUAUCUAUGUCCUAAUUCUAAUUUAAUAAUCAUAUAGAUCCAAAAUCAAAUCCAAGAACACCAUUCAUCCCAAUUCAAUCAAAAACCUCUCCAAGAUGGAACAACAAAAAGAAAUAGCCAAAGGACACAAAAUAAUCUUAAUGCCAUCACCAUUUCAAGGCCACAUAACACCAUUACUCCAACUAGCAACCAUUCUCCAUUCAAAAGGCUUCUCAAUCACCAUUGUUCACACAGUUUUUAACUCUCCAAACCCUUCUUCUUACCCUCACUUCACUUUCCACCCUCUCCACGGUGCCUUGUCCGAUACGGAAGCUUCAAAGGUUGAUGCAGUGCAUCUUACUGAGGUUAUUAAUGUUAGAUGUGUGCAGCCUUUGAAGGAAUGUUUGACUAUGUUGUUGGAUAAGGAAGAUGAUGGUGUUUGUUGUUUUGUUUCUGAUGCUGCUCUUUAUUUUACUCAAGCUGUUUGUGUUGAGUUUGGGAUUCCUAGGAUUGUUCUUAGGACUGGUGGGGCUUCUUCUUUUCUUGUUUUUGCUUCUUUUCCGAUUCUCAGAGAAAAGGGUUAUUUUCCUGUUCAAGAAUCUCGAAUGGAGGAAGCUGUGGAGGAUCUUCCACCACUCAAAGUGAAAGACCUUCCUGUGUUUCAGUCGAAAGAACCUGAGGCAUUCUACAAACUAGUUUGUCGCUUUAUCGAUGAAUGCAAGAAAUCCUCAGGGAUUAUUUGGAACACCUUUGAAGAGUUGGAAUCAUCUGCAUUAACAAAAUUGCGCCAAGAUUUUUCUGUGCCAAUAUACCCUAUAGGCCCUUUCCACAAAUACUCUCUUGCUGGCUCAAAUUCUACUAGCUUAUUAACACCAGACAAAACCUGCAUUUCUUGGUUAGACAAACAAGAACAUAAAAGAGUUGUUUAUGUGAGCUUUGGGAGUAUUGUAGCAAUAAGCGAGGCCGAGUUCUUGGAGAUAGCUUGGGGGUUAGUCAACAGCAAUCAACCUUUCCUGUGGGCGAUUCGACCCGGGACAAUCCGCGGAUCAGAAUGGCUUGAACCAUUGCCAAGUGGGUUCUUAGAAAAUUUGGGAGAAAGAGGGUAUAUUGUGAAAUGGGCUCCUCAAGAACAAGUGCUGAAGCAUCCUGCAGUUGGUGCAUUUUGGACUCAUAAUGGUUGGAAUUCAACUUUGGAGAGUGUUUGCGAAGGUGUUCCAAUGAUUUGUAUGCCAUCUUUUGGAGACCAAAAGAUUAAUGCCAAGUAUGCAAGUGAUGUUUGGAAGGUUGGAGUGCAAUUAGAGGGUAAGCUUGAGAGGGGAGAGAUUGAGAAGGUAAUUCGAAAACUAAUGGUUGGAGAUGAAGGUAAUGAGAUUAGAGAGAAUGUCAUGAAUUUGAAAGAAAAGGCUAAUGUUUGCUUGAAAGAAGGUGGUUCUUCUUAUAGUUUCCUUGAUUCCUUGGUUAGUGAAAUAUUGUCGCUUAAAUCUUCUACAUCUAGAGCUCAUUGAUUACUCGACAAAUUCAGGACCAAGCUUACCAGGUAAACCCCCCCUACAGUACGGUUCCUAUGUAAUCUUGUAACUUGGACCAUAAUAUUUAAACAGUAGUUGUAGUCUGUAAACUCUGUUUGUAUAAUACAAAGGUACAGCAGGAGCUCUGCAGUCCGAGACUUAUGCACAAUUGCUCGAACUCCGUAAUCAAAUUUUGUGUGUUCUAUGUUUGCAUUUUUUUCUGUAUCUAUUUUAUCUUGAACCGGUGUUGCUGUUCUAACACUUACAUUUACCAUGUGUAUUGCAAGAAAUAACUCAGAAUGUAUAUGAAUGAAGCAACAAACAUGUUGGA